AUGGCUGGCCGAUUCGUUCGCUCUUCGAAAUAUCGGCACGUUUUCGGUCGACCGACGAAGAAAGAACAAUGCUAUGACAAUUUGCGCAUCAGCAAGAAUGCGUGGGACACAAACCUCGUCAAGGCCAACCCAAAAUACCUGGCUGUCAAUUGGGAAGCUAGUGGCGGAGGCGCUUUCGCUGUGGUCCCCUUGGAAGAGGUUGGAAAGGCGCCAGACGUGAUUCCACUCUUCCGUGGCCACACCGCCGCAGUACUGGACACAGACUGGCAAUUCCUCAUACGAAGCAGGAGUCCUUUUAACGAUUCGCUCAUCGCUUCUGGAUCAGACGACGGAAAGGUCUUUAUCUGGCAAGUACCAGAUAACUUCUCCCUCCACACAGAAGCCGAAGAACCACCAGAUGUCUCUCCUGUGGCCAAAUUCAUCGGACACUCUAGGCAUUCCCCCAGAAAAGUUGGCCACGUGCUCUUCAACCCUUCCGCCGAAAAUGUUCUCGCGAGUGCCUCCGGUGAUUAUACAAUCAAACUCUGGGAUGUUGAGACUGGCGCCUCAAAAUUACAGCUCAAGCACAAUGAUGUCGUCCAAUCUCUUUCGUGGAAUGCAUCAGGCUCACUCCUCGUAACGACAAGCCGUGACAAGAAACUUCGCAUCUGGGAUGUUCGUCAGGAGAGGGCUGCUCAAGAAACACAAGGUCAUCCGGGAGCUAAGAACAGCCGUGCAGUCUGGAUGGGAGAGCAUGAUCGCAUCGCGACUACUGGUUUCUCGCGUAUGAGCGAUCGCCAACUUGGCUUAUGGGACUCCAGAGCACCGAGAGAGCCUAUUAACGGUUUCCAGAUGCUGGACUCAAUCUCUGGAGUCUGUAUGCCUUUUUGGGAUGAUGGGACACAGUGUUUGUACCUCGCGGGCAAAGGUGACGGAAACAUUCGCUACUACGAAUACCAGAACGACAAAUUCGAGUACCUCUCCGAAUACAAAUCUGGUGACCCUCAGCGAGGUGUAGCCUUCAUGCCUAAACGCGGUGUCAAUCUCCAUGAUAACGAAGUAAUGCGAUGCUUCAAGACUGUCAGUGACAGCUACGUAGAGCCUGUAUCAUUUAUCGUACCGCGCCGAGCUGAAGUCUUUCAAGAAGACGUCUACCCUCCUACUGUCGGUCUAAAGCCAGCCAUGUCCUCUGCAGAAUGGCUCAAUGGAAAGGAAGGCCUCCCUCCCAAGAUCUCUCUCGAGAACGUGUACGAUGGUUCUGAGCCCACGGAGGUCCCGUCUACGUACAAGCCCCCGAGUGCUGCGCCGAAGGAGAAUGCUCCCGUCAAAGCCGAGCAAAGUAAACCUAUUGUAUCUCCUGAACCUGUAGCUACUCCAGCUGUUCAACGAGGACCGCCUCCAUCUGUCAAGGAUAACGAGAAGUCAAUCGCUAGUAUGGCGUCCAAAUUCGCAGACGAGGAAGACGGAGACUCGGACGACGAGACGUCAAGCUUUGAAGAAGUCCCUAAGCCGAUCGAAAGACCGGCUACUACUCGUUUAGACAAGACCAGCGGACCUACUAUCACCAAGGCAACUCGGGAACCAGUGCAAGAUUCUAGGGCAGUGCCAAUACCAGCGCCUGUGGCUCAAACAGCAAUUGAAUCAAAGCCAACUACCACCGCUGCAGGUGCGGCCGAAGGUCUUAGAGGCGCACUGUCGGACAUCAAAUCGAUGAUUGAACAACAAAACCGUUCGAUCGCUGCCUUAACUGGAGAAGUGAAGUCGCUCUCUACCGAGGUCACCAACUUGAAAGCGCGGCAAAGCAACCAGCGAAGCGAUGGCGAGAAAGAUGAGCGGAUCCGCGAACUUGAACUUGAGAUCGAAGAACUUCGAUCAUAAUGUCUUCAUGCUAUCAUGAUACCAUGGCGCCGGCCGGACUCAGAUUUGUGGCUUCUGCGUCGUUUUCACUAUUAGCGGCAUGGUCGUUGAAAAGUCAUUGGGUUGGAUAGCUUGCAGCCAGGGUUUGUUGACCAGGCCUUAUGAUUGAUGUCACGUACGUCUGAUGAUACGAAAGUUCCACUG